CACCUGGGCUAUGUCGUUGACUCCGUGGUUUUUGCCGACAUCAAACAGGUUAAUCUCUUCUGAGUUUCAGUCUCGUAAAGCGUCAGAUCAGUGUGGUAGCACUCAGAUACGUCUUGUGGAAUAUCAGGAAGUUGUUAGUUUAAUCAGAGUCGACUGCCGAGGAGGAGAAGUGUUGUUUAGCUUUGAGGCCUAAACUGGUCUCUCUUUUUAGGUUGUUUUUUGUUAUAAGUUUUCCCAACUGUGGCUGUUUUUAUAUUUAAAUAUUGAACCGAUUUCACUUUCACUUCUGGAUUUUAUUUGCGUCAAUUUGCCAUUGUGGGACUCUUUAAAAUAAUGUAUUCAUUAAUUAAAGGACGAUCGGGUGCGUGUGCGCUGCUGCUCUUGUUACUUGUUGUAACCACCGCUGGUCAGCAGGUUGGUGAGGAAUGCUUGGCCCGAUUCGAGAAAGGUCGGGAUGACUUUGUGCUCGAUGCCGACGGAUCUGUGAAAGACGGAGCGACGUUUAUUUCGUCGCCGAAACUGUAUCGACACAAGGACUGCGUGCAAGCCUGCUGCAAAGAUUCCAGGUGCAAUGUCGCCUUCAUGGAGGAGGGAGAGGAGGGAGGCACGAUCAGCUCCUGCUUUCUCUUUGAUUGCCUGUACAAACAGAAAUACGUUUGCCACUUUGUUGGGAAGAAAGGAUACGACAGUUAUAUCCACAAGAACAUUUUUAGCAGGUAUCAUGUUAAUCACCCCGACCCAGAUACUGAUGACCGUCGUCCAGUGGCCGAUGGAGGUCCGGGCCAGGUGAUCCAGCCUCAUGAAAGCCUGGUACUGAAUGGUAUGAAAAGCAGAGAUGACAAAGGGAUUGUGUCCUACAAGUGGAAAAUGCUCACCGAAUAUCUAUAUGCUGUCUAUGAGGACAUCCAAUUUAAAGACCAAAUGGUUGUUUCCAACCUGACAUCUGGGAAAUACAGGUUCCAGCUGACUGUUACGGAUACUAUCGGCCAGUCGGAUUCAACCGAAGUUAAGGUCCUCGUCCUCACUCCUGAGCAGUCUGAGCACCACUGUAUGGCUCCGAAGAAGGCUGGACCGUGUCGUGGCUCUUUCCCUCGGUGGCAUUACAAUGGCGCCGAAGAAAAGUGUGAGGAGUUCUUAUUUGGGGGCUGUAGGGAGAAUCUCAACAACUAUCUCACUGAGGGCGAGUGCGUUAAGGCCUGCCACGGUUCAGUAAAAGGAUCUGGUAGAGGUUUACCAAUUCAUAAAAAUCAAGCAGAAAAAUGUGGUGCUCCGUGUAAUGCGACACAAUUCACCUGUGCUAAUGGUUGCUGUUUGGAUCCUGCACUCGAGUGUGACUCAACACCACAGUGUACCGACGGCUCUGAUGAGCAGAACUGCGACGAGUUGAAAGACAACUUUGAGAUUCUGCGGCAGAUUCCAGUCAAUGAAAAAAAAGCACACUGCACAGAAACUCCCGACCCAGGAGACUGCAGGGACAGUAUGACUAAGUGGUACUACCAACCCAUCGAACGGAAGUGUUUGCGCUUCAACUACGGUGGCUGCGGAGGAAAUGAUAACAAGUUUGAGAAUGAGGAGGCCUGUCAAGACUAUUGUCGUGGUGUCACAGAAAAUGAUGUAUAUUUAAGAGAAAGACAAGAGAGCGAAACCAGUGAGAGUGACAGCCAAACAGCCAUUUUAGCGUUAGCUAUCGUGUUGGGUGUGGCUAUUGUCAUCGUUCUAGCCAUCCUGGUGUACCACUUCCUAAAGGGAAGGAAGUCCCAGCACCGUCGUCUGCCUGCCAGUAAUGCAACGUACACCACGAUGGAGCCGAGCAGAGACGCUCUGGUCUACAAUAGCACCACCAAACCCAUCUGAUCGAUGAGAAAAGAAAGGCUGGUGUUUGGUUGAGGUUGCGAGUUGGAGAUGUAUGUUUUUAAAGGUAAUGUACAGCCAAGGAUGUCUUGGACGUCAUCAGUGAUGAAAUGUGAGGUUUCAUUUGAUUUUUUUUUUUUUUUUGAGUUGUUGGAUAGCAGUUUGUGCAGGCUGAUAGGAAAGUACUUUUAAUUCUUUGAAAGUAGAUUUCCACAGGACAUGAUCAAUUUUAACCAUACCCACCCCCCCAAAAAAGGUUCUCUACAUGUUCAUCGUUGCAUUAAAUUAUGUUAUAGCUCCGUGUGGACAGUUAAAUUAUUAAAGUCUACAUUCUUAUCAGGCCCAAACUGGCCUCUUUCUACAAAGUAAUGUUCUUGAUUUUGUUUUGUUUUUUUACAACUGAAAUCUGGGAAAUUUGGCGGUUAUGUAAUGUCAGUGAUGUUUUAACGCCACUGACAUUACAUAACUGCCACUGCGGUUGCUUUAAUGCCGCCUUCUUUACUCUGUCCAAUUUUCUUUGUAUUGUGUUUUACAAACUAUUGUUACAUACUCCCAUGGAUUUCAUAUGAAUAGUUAAUGCUAUAAAUAUUCUUAGAAUUUCAGAAGGUAACGCUUUACCCUGAAGUUUCUGGGUUGAUCAUUUUUAAAUAUUUGUUUUUAGAACAAGCAUCAUAUAUUAUCAAUUCCUUAUUCACGCUUUAAUAAAUACACUUGCAGUUAAUUAUUCAGCAUAAAAUGUACAUAUUUGCUGGAUCAUGAUGUUCUUCCUUAAUAAAAAUAUUAACUCAC